AUGCGCCUACGUAUGGAACAGUUUAUCAAAGAUCAACAAUCUCAAAUAAUCGCCACUCUCGGUGCCAUUGACGGAAAACCUUUCCAAGUCGAUACAUGGGAGCGUUCUCACGGUGGUGGUGGUAUAAGCUGCAUCCUUCAAGAUGGAAAUGUCUUUGAAAAGGCCGGUGUAAACAUCUCAAUUGUUUACGGGAAGCUGCCACCGGCUGCCGUUGAGAAGAUGAGAGUGGAUCAUAAAAACAUUGCUUCACCUACUGGUGAACCAUUGGACUUUUUCGCGGCAGGAUUGAGCAUGGUUUUGCAUCCUCAUAAUCCCAAUGCACCGACUGUGCAUCUCAACUAUCGAUACUUCGAAACGAUGAACCCAGAUGGAACAUCCCAAUCAUGGUGGUUCGGCGGCGGUACAGACCUCACUCCUUCCUACCUCUUUGACGAAGACGCAAUCCACUUUCAUAAGACAAUCAAGGAUGCCUGCGAUAAGCAUGACAAGGACUACUACCCAAAAUUCAAGAAAUGGUGCGACGAGUACUUUUUCGUGAAACACAGAGAGGAGUGUCGUGGAGUCGGUGGAAUCUUCUUUGAUGACCUGGAUGAUAAAGAUCCUGAGCAACUAUUUUCGUUUGUACAGGAUUGUCUGAAAGCAUUUUUGCCGAGUUAUGUGCCUGUGAUUGAGAGAAGGAAGGAUAUGCCGUUCACAGAUGCUGAGAAGCAAUGGCAGCAACUGAGGAGGGGUCGGUAUGUGGAAUUUAAUCUAGUUCACGAUCGUGGUACUAGCUUCGGUCUUAAUACACCCGGUGCAAGAGUCGAGUCGAUUUUAAUGUCCUUGCCGUUGACGGCGAGGUGGCAGUACAUGCAUGAGCCCACUCCUGGUAGCCGGGAAGAACGCUUGCUCAAGGUUCUAAAAGAGCCAGUGGAAUGGGUGUAG